AUGGCUCUCUUCAAAACCAUGAUUGUGUGUUUCUCUCCCCCCCAUGACAACAUUCAUCCCAAGCCUCGCUCGUCAUCACAUCAGCAUUUCGCCCCACCAGGCCGCCAAGCACCGCCACACACCGCCAAGCACCGCCACACACCGCCACACACCACCAAGCACUGCCACGCACCGCCAAGCACCGCCACACAUCACCAAGCACCGCCACACACCGCCAAGCACCGCCACACACCGCCAAGCACCGCCACACACCGCCACACACCGCCACACACCGCCAAGCACCGCCACACACCGCCAAGCACCGCCAAGCACCGCCACACACCGCCACACACCGCCACACACCGCCAAGCACCGCCAAGCACCGCCAAGCACCGCCACACACCGCCAAGCACCGCCACACACCGCCACACACCGCCACGCACCGCCAAGCACCGCCAAGCACCGCCACACACCGCCACACACUGCCACACACCGCCAAGCACCGCCACACACCGCCACACACCGCUUACGCACCGUCACACACCGCCAAGCACCGCCACACACCGCCACACAUCGCCACACACCGCCACACACCUCCACACACCUCCACGCACCGCCAAGCACCGCCAAGCACCUCCACGCACCGCCAAGCACCCCCACGCACCACCAAGCACCGCCAAGCACCGCCACGCACCGCCAAGCACCGCCAAGCACCGCCAAGCACGGCCACGCACCGCCAAGCACCGCCACGCACCGCCAAGCACCGCCAAGCACCGCCACGCUUCACCAUUCAUCAGACAGCCCAGCAGAAUAGGACCUUUAUCCAAUCAAUAG